AUGCCUUCGGCCUCGGGGAAUGACAUACUCGUGGCACAGACUGCGGCAGGGACCCCGGGCACAGCGGGCAAGGAGGGAGCUCCGGGCCACGCCGCUGCGUCAGCGCCACCCCCCCCUCCACCCGGGCCGGAGCCCCCCUCGGACCUGGAUGAGGAGCACUUCCGAGACCCAGCGGAGGUUCUAGGCACAGGGGCUGACGUGGAUUAUCUGGAGCAGUUCGGGAGUUCUUCGUUUAAGGAGUCAGCCCUGAGGAAACAGUCCUUGUACCUCAAGUUUGACCCACUCCUGAAGGAUAGCCCUCAGAGACCUGUGCCCAUGGCCCCGGACACCAGCAGCGCACAGGACGUGGCCCCGCCGUCCUCAGGAAGCCCACCGGAGGCGAAGCUGCUGGAGCUGGACUUCCUGGGAGGCCUGGGCGCUCCCGUGCUGGACGCCACUCCAUGUGUCUUCCGGCCUGGGAGUCCCCUGCUUCCCAUGGGGCCAAUCGUGGACUCCAUCGUGGAGGUGCCUCAGUAUAGCCAGAAGGACCUGGACACCGCGGUAGAAGCAGCACGACAGGAGAACGUGUUGCUGAGGAGCAGGUGUGAGACGCUCCACGCAAAGAACCUGGAGAUGGGGAAGAUAAUGGACGGGUUCGAGGGGAUCGUGUACCAGGCGAUGGAGGAGGCUCAGAAACAGAAAGAGCUCGCAAAAGCUGAAAUCCAGAAGAUUCUGAAGGAAAAAGACCAGCUGACUGCAGACCUGAGCUCCAUGGAAAAGUCUUUCUCUGACCUGUUUAAGCGAUUCGAGAAACAGAAGGAGGUGAUCGAGGGGUACCGCACGAAUGAAGAGUCGCUGAAGAAGUGUGUGGAGGAUUACAUCGCGAGAAUUGAAAAGGAAGGCCAGAGGUACCAGGCCCUGAAGGCCCACGCGGAGGAGAAGCUCCAGCUUGCCAACGAGGAGAUCGCCCAGGUGCGCAGCAAGGCCCAGGCAGAGGCCCUGGCCUUCCAGGCCAGCCUGAGGAAGGAGCAGAUGCGCAUCCAGUCCCUGGAGAAGGCCGUUGAGCAAAAGACUAAGGAAAACGAAGAACUGACCCGAAUCUGUGAUGACCUCAUCUCCAAGAUGGAGAAGAUCUGACAAGGAGGCCCCUCUCCAGCACCCCGCCCUGUCUGUCUGUCUGUCUGUCUGUCUGAAAGGUUUCAUGUUCUUUCUUUUUUUCUUAACCUUAGCUCAUUUUUAAACUAGAUCACUUUAACAAGAAGACUAAAUAAAGUUUCCUUUCGGUUCA